AUGUCUCGACAUGAAGAAGAUGAUUUGGAUGAUCUUGAUGAUCUACUAGAUGAUUUUGCUGCUCAGGUUCUAAGCAAGCCACCAGGAGCCGAUUUAAAGGAUGCGGCAACGAGAACUGGUUCUAAUACAUCAGAACAGGAGGUAACAACUGAUGAUACCAUUGAGAACUCCAACAGUUCAGCCAAAUCAAAGACAAGCACAGCAAAUGGUUCUGAAGAAGUUAAUUCUAUCCCUACUGCCAAAAGUUCGACUACUGCACCGGCAGUGCCUAAAAAGGAAGCAACCUCUUCUAAGACAGUCCCAGAGAAUGACCCUUCAGUCCCCGAACUUGAUGACCAAUUCGCCAACCAGCUCCAGCAAGGUAUGGACCACUUAUUAGGUGAACUCAAAGAUUCAAAAGAAGCCCAACAACAAUUUGAAGCACUUAUUCAGGGAUUAAUGGGCUCCACUGGUGGGACUACUUCAGCAUCUUCCACUACAAACAAGGCCGCAGCUGACACAAACACUGCUCCUCAGUUUCAGGAUACUAUUGCACAAACAAUGGAACGAUUGAAAGAAUCUCGAACUGAGAUGGACCAAAAAGCUCAGAGUUCGUCCGAAGAAGAUUUUUUGAUGAGUAUGCUUAAGGAAUUAGAAGGAGCAGCUGGCUCAUCUGGAUCAGAUCUUGACGGGCUUUUGGGUGAGAUGCUAAAGGAAUUGUCUUCUAAAGCCAUUCUCUAUGAACCCAUGAAGGAGAUGCACGACAAAUUUCCUGCUUGGCUAGAAGAGCAUGGAUCAACGAUCACUGGAGAGGAGAAAACGAGGUAUCUUAAUCAACAGAGAAUUGUUAGUGAAAUAGUCAACAAAUUUGAGGAUCCCAAAUACAGUGAUGAUGACGAUGCAUGUAAAACAUAUAUUGGGCAGAGAAUGGAGGAAAUGCAAAAGUCUGGUGCUCCUCCUCCAGAAUUGAUGGGUGAUCUUGCUUCGGGUAGCAUACCGGGUCUUGAUAUGAAUGCUCCAGAUGGUGGUCUAUCUGCUGAGGAAGGUUGUCCUGUUCAAUAG